ACAUGCUUAUUUUAUUGACCGUUUUAAAUUAGUACAAUGUAGGAACAAUCAAAUAGUUUGCAAAUAAUUUUUAAUUUUACUUAAACGAACUGUAUAUGUUACUGAAAUAAUAUACGAAAAUUAUAUUACAGAAGCAUCGGAAACCGUUUUUAUAAACAUAAACAUAUACCAUGUACGAUAAAAUGACGGUUGUAUGUCUUUGUCUACUUCUUCAUAUAAGUGAAAGAAUAGCAUAUGGAGAAACGAUAGAAUCAUCCGUUUUAGAUGUAGAUUCUAUUACUUCAAGCAAAAAAGAACAAGAAGACAGCAGUGUUUUAACGCUGCGUUUAAAUAAAAUUUUAAGGAGGUAUUACGAAGAAUGGAGUGGGACUUUUACUAAUGAUAAACUUAAAAAAGAAACUGAUCUCAAAAAUAAAAUUAGCAAGAAUCUUCUAGUUAAUGACUUUAUUCCUAAAAAAAAAGAAGCCAAUGAAUGGCGAGUUUGUUCGCACCGUUCGUUUCUAUUUAUACUAAAAUAUGUAUGCAACAUUAAUAAUAAACCAUUAUCUUGGAGUAAAAAAGAACGUCAAUUUACAAAAAAAGAGCUAGUCAUUGGAGGUAACCAAGCGACAAGCUUUCUAAAUACGAAUUACCAUUGGUUAAAUGCAGGUUUUUCUACUGAUGUGGAUUUCAUCGAUGAGUGUUGCAAUCUUAAAGGAUGUAACUCGAAUGAGAUAUCUGAAUACUGUAACUAAGGAAAAAAGAUUUUAAAAAUAUUUUUUAUUACCAUUUGUCAAUGAGAUUCGUUGAGAUACAAUGAGAUAGGUUGUCAAUGAGAUACAUUAAAAUACCUUGAGACAUUUGU